UAACAGUCAAUAAUAAUCUCACUUAGCUCUAAAUUUAUAAUUUCCAGAGCUAGCUAUGAAGUUGAGCUGAGAUGAGACCACUCUCACUUCUCUUUAAUUUAUUUUGCACAUUUUCUCUGUCCUCUGCUACUGCACUCUUACUCUUUUGAGCUGGCCAUAAUUUAAAUUAAACUACAGUAUUAUUUUCAGGAAUCAGGAUUGAUCAGGCAGCUUCUACUUCUCUUGGAAUCCGUGGAUUUUUUGGACCUAUUCAUUUACUUGAAUGCCACGUAUAUCAUCCUCGGAAUUUCACAUUUUUCUAAUUAAAGUGGGUUGUGCACCGGUCUAAAACUGGACCGGACUGGGACCAGAAUGGACCGAAAUCUGAAAUCGCCUGUUUUGCUGACAAGGGAUCGGAUCGUAAUCAACCGGUUAGGGUUCCGGUGUUUAUUCCGGUCCGGUCCAGUUUUAGACUGGAAUGGACCGGUUAUAUUCUUUUCUUUUCUUUUCUUUUUGCAUUUUCAUAUCUUUAUAUAUACAUCAUUUUUUAACGUCUUGUUUUUGUUUGCGUGCUUUCCUAUUUUGCACCUAAAAUUUAUAAAUUACAAGUUUUGUACCUAAAUUUUUUAGAAAUUUAAAAUUUUCACCCAAAGAUAAAAACAAAUGCAUUUUCUGGUCCAUUCUGGUCCGGACCGAAAAACCGGAAUCCAACGGUCUGGUCCGGUUCAAUUCCGGUCCGAUCUCGGUCCUUUUUAGCACACCCCUAGUCUUGGUCACUCACUUAUAAUAUGUUACAUUGCUAAAUAAGAAAAAAAAUAUAACUUACAUCAUCACUCGCUAAUUUGUAACUAAUAGUACAUAUUUAUGAAUAAUGUGAUCAUCUAACAAACCUAAAGUAUUCCCCUUAAAGAUAUGUGACCGCUUUAUAAGAGUAAGAGUUCACUAAAAUCUUCAAAUUAAGUUAUUUUAAAAUUAAAUUAAUCGGUAUUUUCGUAUAUACCUCCGUAGUGUUUAUAAUAUGCAAUAAAGUGAACAACUUGUUUAUUAUACGAAGUAUACAAUAAAGUGAGUGAGUUCCCACCCAUUUUAUCUUUAAUAAACCCACUUUAUAAAUCAUCACAAGAAAAAUACUUGCAACAUAGAAGUUGUACUUGUAAGUUGUAACCCUUAACCCAAAAAAAAAAAAAAAAAAAAAAAAAAGAAAAGUCAUUUUCUUUCCUAUAAAGAGAGUGUAUGAACUCUCAUUUCUCAUUAAACUUUACUUUCUGUUGCUCCUUUUUCAGUUUUUCCUCACACCCAUUUCACCAUUUAUAAUAAAUUCCUUCAAAUUUAUUUAAUUUAAAUAAUUUAUGUUUAUAUUUCCACAGAUUUAAAUUCCCAAAAAAAAAAAAAAAAAAAAAAAUUGGUCAUGGCAGGAAGAAAUGGCAGAAAAUUUGCUAAAGAUGAAGACUUUGAAGAAGGAGAAGUAUGGAAUGUUCUAGAAAGCAGAGAAAAUUCAAGUCCAAAACUCAGAAAAUCAUUGAAAAAUUCAUCUUCUGCUACAAAAAAAUUUACUGCUACUGCAAGAAUGAUACCCAAAUCAUCAUCAUCAUCAUCAUGUGAGAAGAUGUCAUCAGCACCAUUGGAGAUUCCUGAUUGGUCAAAAAUUUAUGGUGUGACAUCAAAAAAGAAGAAGAAUGGUGGUUCUGCAUCAUCAUGGGUUGAUUAUAAUGCUGUUAAUCAUCAAGGGUAUUAUGGUAAUUGUCAUGGUAAUGAUUAUGGUCAUGGUUAUGGUUAUGAUGAUGGUCCUGAUGUGAAUGAUGAUGGUGAUGGGUAUGUGUAUGGUAAUGAUGGUAAUGAUGAUGGUGAUGAUGAUGAUGAUGACAUGGUUCCACCACAUGAGUAUUUAGCAAAGAAGUUAGCAAGAAGUCAGAUUUCAUCUUUCUCUGUUUAUGAAGGAAUUGGAAGGACUCUUAAAGGAAGAGACCUUAGUAAAGUAAGAAAUGCUAUUUUAACUAAAACUGGUUUUUUAGAGUGAAAAUUUUCAUGGGUUAGUAGUUUUUUUAUUUUAAUUUUUAUGGGUUAGUUUUUUAAAAUUUUAUUAUUUAUUAUUAUGUGCUGUGUGCAUGGAUUAUCAUGCAAUGACAUCAAGGAAUCAUAGGUUAAAAAAAGAGAGAUUAAAUUAGGAUAUAAUUAAGAAUUAAUUGGUGCAUUAUCCAAGGAAGACAUCAUCAAUUUUGUAUAAUUGGGGAUAAUGAAACAACAUCAGCAUGGGUUCAUCAUGAACAAUAUAUGGAUGUCAUCUAUUUGUUACAUAAGGGGUCCCAUGUAAGUUGUUUUCAAUUUUUUAGUCCUUAAGUAUGGUUGAUUAGCUUGAUUAAGUAUGGUUAAUUAGUUUUUUGUUUUCUUAGUUGGUGAGUUUUAUCAGAGGAACUGCCUAAUUUUGUGAAAUUGUGUUUGGCAGUCCUCUGAAAUUUUGUUAGGAGGAAGUUCAAUGUUUAAUUAUAUAAUAUGAGAGAUUUUAAUGUGACUAGUUUAA